CCUGUGUGAGGAGCAGUGGAGGAGUGUCGGACCUGAGAGGAGAAGCAGCUCACAGUUUUUGCUUCAGUCUGUGUGAUAUAAAUUAAAUCAUGGGAGCCAACGACCUCAAGAUGAACCCUGACCCCGCGGAGUUUCGCCCCCCCGCCCGACGCCGGAGUCUCUUCUACAGCGUCAAGUUCUUCGUGUUUUGCCACAGUUUGCUGCAGUUGGCUCAGUUGUUGGUGUCGGGCUACAUGAAGAGCUCCAUCUCCACCAUCGAGAGACGCUACGGCUUCAACAGCCAGAAGUCGGGACUCCUGGCUUCUUUCAAUGAGGUGGGGAACACGAUC